GGCUGCAGCGGCCCCGAGCCCUGGGGCCUGCGAUCCUGAGGGUCGGGCCCCUUGGAGAAAGCAGGUGCCCUUUUCUCAGCUCAGCCUUGCUCACCUGGGAUUGGUGGCGCUCCGAGAGGCUCGUGUCCACUCCGGGGGACGGGCCUUUCCCAUUAAAAGGAACAAAUUCGGCCUUGGGGAAUGGGCGCCUGACUUGUCGAGAUGCCACCCUGUAAGCAAAGCAGGACGGAAAACUGGCAACUUCGUGGCUUGUGGACGGAUUAGAAAGUUACGGUACUGGCUUUGCAGAUGGAAAAAGCAGUAGACUCCCUUUGUACUGUCAAGAAGACAUCUGUUAAAAGUCUUACACAGUAUCUUUAACCACAAAGGACUCAAGGAAUUAGAUACCCCCCUCUUCACACUGAUGAAGAUCUCCAGUCAGCAAAUACUUCAGGAGUACUUGAUUUCGGCCAACGUUGUUCUAAGUAUAGGAACAGAGCAACGAUAAGACAGGAGGGGAGCCCUGCUUGCAUGGAGUCUGUAUUCUAGUUGGCAAAUAGUUGUAGUAAUUUAUUUUUAAACUUUUUAGACUUGGCGUAUAACAUGUACAGGAAAAGACUACACAAACCAUAAAUUGUAACUUGUUGGUUUAUCAUAAACGCAUACCUUAGGCCACCAUUCAAAUCGAGAAACGUUUUCUCAGAAGACCUCCCUAUGGACUUUUCCUUAUCAUCAGUUUCCUCUUUUCUCCCCAAAGACUCUCUCUUCAAAGACAUAAACAUCAAUAUAUUCAACUGCUCAGAAAAGAAGUAUCACUUAAAAUCAUCUCAAACUUAAUUUCAGAGGAUUGAGAACAGUUUUCUGGUCAAGAAAAGAAGUGACUGAUUGCAUGUUGAAAGUAUUCUGACCCAGCUCCUGUUUUUUUCCCCCUCCCUAAAUUUGAAGAACUAUGGAGAAAUGGUACUUGAUGACAAUUGUGGUCUUAAUAGGACUAGCAGUACGGUGGACAGUUUCUCUUAAUUCUUAUUCAGGUGCUGGAAAACCCCCUAUGUUUGGUGAUUAUGAAGCUCAGAGACACUGGCAAGAAAUUACUUUUAAUUUACCAAUCAAACAAUGGUAUUUUAACAGCAGUGAUAAUAAUUUACAGUAUUGGGGAUUGGAUUAUCCACCUCUUACAGCUUAUCAUAGUCUCUUAUGUGCAUAUGUGGCAAAGUUUAUAAAUCCAGACUGGAUUGCUCUCCACAUAUCACGUGGAUAUGAGAGUCAGGCACAUAAGCUCUUCAUGCGUACAACAGUUUUAAUUGCUGAUUUGCUGAUUUAUAUACCUGCAGUGGUAUUGUACUGUUGUUGUUUAAAAGAUAUCUCAACUAAGAAAAAGAUUACCAAUGCAUUAUGCAUAUUGCUGUAUCCAGGCCUUAUUCUUAUUGACUAUGGACAUUUUCAAUAUAAUUCUGUGAGUCUUGGCUUUGCUUUGUGGGGUGUUCUUGGAGUGUCUUGUGACUGGGAUCUGCUAGGGUCACUAGCAUUUUGCUUAGCUGUAAAUUAUAAGCAGAUGGAACUUUACCAUUCCUUGCCAUUUUUUUGCUUUUUACUUGGCAAGUGUUUCAAAAAAGGCAUCAAAGGAAAGGGGUUGGUACUGUUAAUCAAGUUAGUGUGUACUGUUGUGGCUUCCUUCAUUCUCUGCUGGCUGCCAUUCUUUACAGAAAGGGAACAAAGCCUGCAGGUUCUAAGAAGACUCUUCCCAGUUGAUCGUGGGUUAUUUGAGGAUAAAGUAGCUAAUAUCUGGUGUAGCGUCAGUAUCUUUCUGAAGAUCAAGGAUAUUUUGCCACAUCACAUCCAGAUAAUAAUCAGCUUUUGUUUUACAUUUUUGAGCCUGCUUCCUGCAUGUGUAAAAUUAACACUUCAGCCUUCUCUCAAAGGAUUCAAAUUUACUCUGGUGUGCUGUGCACUCUCAUUCUUUCUGUUUUCUUUCCAAGUACAUGAAAAGUCCAUUCUGUUAGUAUCAUUACCAGUAUGCUUAGUUUUAAGUGAAAUUCCUUUUAUGUCUACUUGGUUUCUACUUGUGUCAACAUUUAGUAUGCUACCUCUUUUAUUGAAGGAUGAACUCCUAAUGCCCUCAAUUGUGACAGUGAUGGCAUUUUUUAUAGCUUGUACAACUUCUUUUUCAAUAUUUGAAAAGAUUUCUGAGGAAGAAUUACAGUUGAAAUCCUUUUCCAUUUCUGUUAGGAAAUAUCUUCCAUGGUUUACAUUUCUUCCCAGAAUUAUACAACAUUUGUUUCUUAUCUCAAUAAUCACUAUGGUGCUUCUGACACUGAUGACUGUCACAGUGGAUCCUCCUCAAAAAUUACCGGACUUAUUUUCUGUGUUGGUAUGUUUUGUAUCCUGCUUGCACUUCCUGUUCUUCUUGGUAUACUUUAACAUUGUAAUCAUGUGGGAUUCCAAAAAUAGAAGAAAUCAGAAGAAAAGCAGGUAGCUAUAUCCCCAAACAAAUGUGAAAAUGUUAACAGUACUGAAAGUUUUUAUGAACUUUUUGCUAUGUAUAAAUCAUCAUUUUGAGAUUAAUGAAAUUAUAGGAAAUGUUGAUAAAUCACUGAUGUUUACACAAAAAAAAUUAUUUAGGGACCAAAGCCCAAUGGAGGCUUUUGUUUUCUGAUAAUUGUGUGGCCAAGACAUACUUUGUUUUAUUAAUAUAAUUAUUCAAGUGGGAAAAUAAGAGAAAAAUUCCCGAAAUCCUCAUGUUUACUUAGGAAAUGUAUUCUAUGACUUGUUGUCUUGAAAAAAAGUCUGCAAAUACAGUGAAGUAAUAUACUAGCCACUCUUUAAAGGAAAUCACUAAUUUUGGUAUUCAAAUUUAGUUUUCCUUACAUUUUAGAAUGCAAGAAAUGUGUAAUUCAUUGUUUAGAAAUUAUAUCUCAGGGAUUGAAUUUGUAAUAAUCUUUUUAACUACUGUGAGGAAUGUAAAAUGCUUGAGAUUUGAACAUGCCUUAUUAUAUGUGCAAAUUUGAAAAUUUUUUUAACAAGGUGGUGGUAUUAAACCAUGUUAUUAUUUAUUUCCAAGAAUGUUGAUUUACUUAAUUGCAAUUAAACAAUGAUUUUUUUUUUCAAUUUAAAUCUAAGUGGUUUGGAAAAAAAAAUCUAAGUGGUUUGGUGAAAUCUUUUUAAUUACUUAUAACCACUAGGUUUUAAACUUCCAGGGUCAUUCUUUAGUUAAAUGACCAUACAAAGGAUUUCAUACUUCUGGUUUUUUUGUUGUUGUUGUUAUGACAAGGUUCAAGGUUAUCACUGCCAUGAGCAUUAAUUCAUACUAUGUUUCAUGUUAACUUGGCCUUGUUCAUACUGUAUUACUCUUUUAUUAGCAAAAAGCCUCUCUUUAGUAUUCAAUUAGUAAAACUAAUGUAUUAUACCAUGUUGUAGUUUCUCAUGUAAAGAUUUUUUUUAGUCUCUGAUAAAAAUAAAAUAAUU